UUAAGUUAUAUUUAUGUAGGCAGUUUGUCAAUAAAAAUAAAUGGUAUUACAUUAAAAUAAAAUGAUCGGUACUUAUUAUUUUGUGAUUGUAGGUCACAAUGAUAAACCUCUUUUUGAAAUGGAAUUUACAAACAGUAAAGAUUCUAAGAAGGAAGACCACAGACAUCUGAAUCAAUUUAUAGCACAUUCCGCUUUAGAUUUAAUUGAUGAACAUCAAUGGAAAUCCCAUGCAAUGAAUUUAAAAUCUGUAGAUAAAUUUAACCAAUGGUUUGUCUCAGCUUUUGUGACAGCUAGUCUCAUAAGAUUCGUUAUUGUACAUGACAAUCGUAAUGAUGAUGGCAUUAAGAAUUUCUUUUCUGAAAUAUAUGAGGCAUAUAUUAAACAUUCCAUGAAUCCAUUUUAUGAAGAAGACACACCUAUUAAAUCACCUGCAUUUGAGAAGAAAGUGCAGAUACAUGGAAAAAAAUAUCUGUCUAAUUAAUUUAUGUUGGCUUUUUUUGUAAAUAUCAGAGUAAAUUUAAAUAUAUGUAUAAGUU